CAUUCGAUCUCUCUGAGUCUCUUAUCCUCCACUCAUCAUCAUCGUCAGCCUCAUCUAUCAGCAAGACGCCGACUGAUUGUUUAUACCCACGAGAAGAAAAGAAUGGAAGAUUCGUCGUUCGGCCAUCGGAAAGUGGAGGCCAUGAAAGAGCUGGUCCGAGGCCAAGAUCUGGCCAAGCAGCUCCUGAACGCCAUGUCCCGCGGCGGGUCGCCGUCGCCCUCGGCCGAGGACGUCGCCGACGAGCUCGUCGCUUCCUUCGCCAACGCUCUCUCCAGGUUGGGCCACUCCGAGCCCGACGACCGCUCUCAAGUCUCGGACGGUCCCGACGACCGCACCACCACCGGGUCCCAAGAUUCUUCCGAGGAGAGCAGCAGGCGCAAAGAUGGCAGAGGACGCUACAAGAGAAGGAGGGGUUCGGAUUCAUGGUCAAGAAUCAGCACGGCACUCACCGACGAUGGUCAUGCUUGGAGAAAGUACGGCCAAAAAUCAAUCCUCAACACAGAUUUCCCCAGGAGCUAUUACAGGUGCACCCACAAGUUUGAACAGAAGUGCCAAGCGACCAAGCAAGUCCAGAUGAUCUCCAAGGACCCUCCCAUGUACCAGACCACGUACUACGGCGUCCACACCUGCAAGAACCUGCUAAACUCCCCUCAGAUCAUCUUCGAUCCUGAGGACGAGGACGCCAAGAACCUCGUCAGCUUCGGCAGCAACGCCUCGAGCUCGCAGAACAACCCCUUCUUCUCCUCGCUGAGCUUCGGGUCGCUCAAGGAGGAACACGGGCAAGAAGAGACGGUGCCGGGGGGCGAUCACGCCCUACUCAGCACCCAAUCGCCGCCCAGUGAUUGCAAUUUCCUCGCAGAAUACUGGGCGACAGAGGUGGAUCAGGUUGAGGAUUUCAUGCACUAUGGAUUGUACUGAUACAUUGGGGCCAUCGCCUCGACCCGGUGUAGGUACUCCUGAGGUCCAUCUGCAACUAUUGAAACCGGUGGACCUCAUCCAUUUCAUCUGUUCAAGACGAAUGCGUGCUCCGAUCCAUACGGUGUUUUCUGCUUGAGAUGAAGAUGGAUGGUCACUGAGAUUCUCCAAUGGUGUAAAAUCUUAGCCCUACUAAUUCGGAAGAGAUCAAUAAACAGUCCCUUUACAGUGUAAA